AUGCCGGAAACAAAUUAUUACUCUUCGACAACUUCACCAACAUUUACAAAAUCCAAGAUGCCUUUCUCGUGGCCGUCGAUACCAAAUCCUAUACCUCGUAGAAUGAGAAGGAAGCUGAGGUCCAAGUUUCGUUCAAAUUUACCUCCGGCUUCAUCAAUAGCUUCAAUUGAGACGUCUUUCGAUCCAAAGGAUACAUUGCGAGCUCUAAGGUCACAUAGAUGGUCGGUUUAUGACGGUCAAUAUUUGAUCUUGAUCAUCAUCGCAAUAUUCUCGCUUUCAAUCAGUCAGGCUCCUGGGCCUCUCAUGAAGACUGGAGCUGCUACUCUUUUAAUGCUUGCGCUUCUGAUGCCAGUAACAAGACAAUUCUUCUUACCAGUUCUCCCAAUCUUCACCUGGUUGAUUUUCUUUUUCAAUGCUCGAUUUAUUCCUGCCGAGUAUCGACCACAUAUCUGGGUUAAAGUUCUACCUGCCCUCGAAAAUAUCUUUUAUGGCGCAAAUAUUAGCAACAUUCUCUCAGCACACCAAUAUGUCGCUCUUGACGUCCUAGCAUGGUUACCCUAUGGAAUUCUACACUUUGGAGGACCGUUCGUUUGGGCCGCCUUGAUGUUCCUUUUCGGUCCUCCCGGUACCGUACCAGUAUUCGCACGAACUUUCGGUUAUUUGAACAUUAUUGGCGUUGUCAUUCAAUUGAUCUUCCCUUGUUCGCCUCCAUGGUAUGAGAAUUUGUAUGGUCUUGCGCCUGCCAACUAUUCCAUGGAAGGAUCACCUGCAGGUCUUGCACGAAUCGAUUUACUCUUCGGUUUUGAUAUGUACACAACGAACUUUACCGCAUCGCCUUUGGUGUUUGGAGCCUUCCCAUCAUUGCAUUCUGGUAAUGCAGUAUUGGAAGCACUUUUCAUGAGCCAUUGCUUCCCAAAACUCAGACCAUUCGUUAUUGGAUACGCCAUGUGGAUGUGGUGGGCAACCAUGUAUCUAUCUCACCAUUAUGCCGUUGAUCUCGUAGCCGGAGGUUUCCUUGCCGCCAUUGCUUUCUAUAUCUCCAAGACAAACUUCUUGCCAAGAAUUCAAGCAGACAAGAUGUUCCGUUGGGAUUACGACUAUGUUGAGAGAGGUGAUGCGCCUACCGGCAUUUACGAAUAUGGACUUGCAGUUCUCGAUCAAGAUUUCCGUCAUGAUAGCAGUGACGAGUGGACCAUGGGAUCAUCCUCUUCAUUUUCUUCCGGAUCAAGAAGCCCAACUGAUGAAAACGGAUCAGCAUGGGAAGGCGAUACCCUGGCAUCUCAGGCUUCCGAUAGUGAGCUCAGUGAGGUCGUUGUUAGGUGA